AUGGCGCUCAUGGACCACCAUACACUUGUUACUUUUACAGGAACAGAAAUACAGAAAACAAAAGUACGAUGUAAAAAAGAAAACGGAAAAGGAGAAAUUGAACUUAAAGAAGACGGUAUGAUAUUGACAAUAGAUGACAAAACACACAAGUGUUCAUUUCCUAAUCACAAAACAGAUACUGUUAAACCGUUUUUUGAUAUAAGAUUUGGUAACCUGGCUUUUUCUGUCCCAGGUUUACCUUAUGUGUCAUCACAUCAGCAAACCUGUGUUUCUCAAAUUUCUCAGGAAGAAAUGGUACUUGAUUAUCACAGGCAAACUCAUUCCAGACCGACUGAUGAAGAAUUCCACCAAGGUGAAAUCAUUAAAUCACCAAGACUGGACUCACAACAGAUGUCACCUAAGGGUGACCAUCAAACUUGUGUAAAGCAGAUUUACACUGACGACAAUGAAAUAGGUAAAAAUAAAUUGGAUAAUUUUCAUGAAAUGUUAGAUCUAGCCAAACAGAUGCAAGAAAAAUGUAGAUUCAGUCAUGACUAUUUCUUAAUGUUUAACUCGAUGGAGGUUUCAUUAGAAGAAAAUUUACGUAAUUUAGAAAAUAAUGUUUUUGUGCCACCUUUUCAAAUGGAACAAGCCAAACAAAAGUUGAAAGAUGCAUUCCAAAGAUAG